GGGAGCGGCGGAGCAGCCGUCCCUGCGCUGCGGGAGCGCCGCGCCAUGGGCCCUGAGGAGCAGCCGCCGCCCGGCCGCUCCCGCCACCGCCCGCCGCCGCCGCCUCAGCCCGCUCCCGGCCGAGCCCGGCGGCGCGGCGGCUUCCUGACGGAGAUCCGCACGCCCAUCCGCACCGAGCCCUUCCAGGAGCGGUACAGCCUGAGCCCCGGCAGGGAGCUGGGCAGAGGAAAAUUUGCAGUGGUGAGGAAAUGCAUCCAAAAAGACACUGAAAGAGAGUUUGCAGCAAAAUUCAUGAGAAAAAGAAGAAAGGGCCAAGAUUGUCGGAUGGAAAUUAUCCAUGAAAUUGCAGUCCUUGAGCUGGCACAAUGCAACCUUUGGGUCAUUAACUUGCAUGAAGUUUAUGAAACUGCAACAGAGAUGAUCUUAGUCCUUGAGUAUGCUGCUGGAGGUGAAAUCUUCGACCAGUGUGUGGCUGAGAGAGAGGAAGCCUUCAAAGAAAAAGAUGUUAAACGGCUUAUGAAACAGAUCUUAGAAGGAGUUUCAUUCUUGCACAGAAACAAUGUGGUUCAUCUUGACUUAAAGCCCCAAAAUAUUCUACUAACCAGUAAGUCUCCUCUGGGAGACAUUAAAAUAGUAGAUUUUGGCCUUUCCAGAAUAAUGAAGAGCAGUGAGGAACUAAGAGAAAUUAUGGGAACUCCAGAAUAUGUAGCUCCUGAAAUUCUGAGUUACGACCCAAUCAGUACAGCGACCGACAUGUGGAGCAUUGGAGUACUGGCAUAUGUUAUGCUAACAGGGAUAUCACCUUUCCUAGGGGACGAUAAACAAGAAACAUUCUUAAAUAUAUCUCAAAUGAACGUAAGUUACUCUGGAGAAGACUUUGACCUCAUAUCAGAGUCUGCCGUGGAUUUCAUCAAAACUCUGCUGGUUAAGAAACCCGAGGACCGGGCAACUGCUGAAGAAUGUCUUCAACAUCCAUGGUUAGAACAAAGUGAUAAUCCUGCUAGCAGGGCCUGGAGUAAGAGUACAGGAGGAGAGACCAGUGAUGUCACCCAGGGAGAUGCAGAUUCUGCCUCUGAAAAAUCAGUAGAUGCUGAGAAGACUGAAGAGGAAGAAGCAAUAGUGACAGAAGAACUAAUUGUAGUGGCAUCAUACACACUGGGACAAUGUAGGCAGUCAGAAAAAGAAAAAGUAACUGAGCAGAAAGCCAUUUCCAAACGAUUUAAAUUUGAGGAACCGUUACUGCAAGAAAUACCAGGAGAAUUCAUUUACUGAACUGUGUGGAGCUUCAUAGCUAUAACUGGAAGGCAGUGUUUUCUACUAAACAAAAAUAUCCUAGCCAAGUGAAUUUCUGAUAUGCAAUAAAUGUUCUAGAUAAAAGAAAAUGCUGAUAAAUCCAAGGAACAUGUGCCAAGUUUUUAAUUUCAUGGAACAGAUAACAAGAUUUCAAGUGGCUGACAGGAAUCUUAAAGUUAAAAGCUUACUGUUUUUUCACAAUUUUUAGUUCUGCCGGGUUUUUUUGUUGUUGCUUGAUAGCAAAGUUUUUGUUAAUUGUUCCAGUGUUCUGGAGAAGUUGACAUUGGAAGUGUUUCAGUGACAGAUGUCAAGAGGAGUAUUUUAGGAUGUGUUUUGACAUGUAAUGCAAACAGGUAAUGCUGGGUUUUCCUCCAACACCUUUUAGCACUCCUGACUUCAGUUGAGCUAUCUUCUGAUUUAAAAAUUGUAUGGGAGGAGAAUUUGAUCAACUGGUUUGAUGUACAGAUUUCAGAGUUAUACUGUGUAUAUAUUUGUUUACAUCACACCAAGGACCCAGACUCAUCUGGUGUGUAGCCAAACAGUGAGCUGUGCUUCAGUAGGAAGAGAUGCACAUGUCCCACAGCUAAAUAAAUCUAUUGGGGAAUAGUUCCAGGUCACAGUGGUGAUACUUCUUUCUUUGGGAGCACAUGAACUCUCCUGCUUCAGCGGGUGAUGAAUUUGCUGGAGUCAGUCACUCUUGAGAGCCAGCAAUAAUUGCUUCCUUCCCCUCUGGUGUUGGGUGAGAUGUGCUAUUAGAAUCCAGCUCACUGUGACCACACAGUGUUGAUGAAUGGAAAAAAGAAUGACAGAGGGUCUGAUGUAGCUCUGCUGAAGUUCCUGGAGUUCUCUCCACUGACUUCACCAUGUUAGAUCAGACAGCUUGUCCAGCUAGUGAUAAAUCAGCCCUCGAUUCCACCCCCUCUGCAGAACCCAGCUGGAGUUUUACUGAGAGCAUGAGGUCAUUUCUGCUUUCUUUCUCUUCCUCUAUCCACUGCUUUAAGGAAGAAAGAAGCAUCCUUAGGCUCUUGUUCCGUAUGGCUAUCAGAUGAGGAAAGAGAGAGGGCUUCCUUUGAAACAAUGAAGCACAACUUAUACUUCAUGCUUCCAAUUGCUCUCCUUUAGACACUUGGAAAAACAGCAUGUGUAUCAUGGGGCAGAGUGAGAUUAGGGAGCUGUAUGGAUGGGUCAUCGUUCUCAAUCGACAUGGUCCCUCAGAGGACAAAGCUGGGACCAACUGAGUGUCAAAAUUGCAGUAUACAUGUCUGAGGAUCUUGGACUGAGUCCUAGUUUUCUAAGAAAUCUUUCCUGUUGAUGCUGUUCCAAAGUUUAAUUUUUAUGUAGAAGUUUAAUACUGUUAUAUUGCAUACUGUUAACUAUUCAACUAUUUAUUUGGUUUCCUUAUGCUGUUCCUUUAUAAUAAACCUUGACAAAAGUUUUCUUGCUAUAAAGCAAUGAAUAGAAACUCUUAAGCUAGUUUUUCCUUUUUUUCCCUGUGGCUACACACUUCCUUAAUGUCAAAUGUACCAAUUCCUACUCUUUUUAGUGCACGGGAGUUCAGUGCUCUGUGCUAAUAUUACAGUUCCUCCUUCACACAAAAGGUAAAUGGUUUACUAAGACAAGCAGUACCAGUGUGGUCUGAGUGUUGCUGUAAGGAUGGGAGAAAAAGAAAACUGAUAAAGCAGCAUCAUGGCACUGGGGCAAUGAGCACCUUUCCAAAGGCUGGUCUGGUUGCCUUCACCUGAAGCCACAUCAGAAAAAUUGCUCCUAAAUUAAGCUGUUCUAUUAGGCUUCUUCCCUUAUGGAAUUCCAUGUUGAAUAUUCAUGUAGGCAGGACAACUUUUCACUCCAUGGAAGACUUCAUGUAAGAAAACUUCCACUAGUACUCCUAAUGGAAUUUGGAUGCAUUUCACUAUUUCUAAUACCUUUCAUACUCUGGAGAAAUUAGUCACUUCCUGUUUUUUCCCUCCUGUAAACAGAACUUACAGACUCCUACUGAGAAGCUGCCGUGUGAGGUUUUCUUGGGUAGCUCUCGGUUGCCUCUGGUAGAUGUUAACCAAGACUCUGAGCCAACAGAGCAGCUGUGUUCCUGGGCACCGUGUUACUGCCUGCUUGCUGACCCUGCCUAUGGUGCUGAUCUCCUGCAGAGUGCUUGGGCAGGACAGUUCUCUUCAUAGGCAUCUUUCUUUUGCUGUUCAGUCACUUGCCCAAGACAAUUUGCUUGCAGGAGGACAGGCAUACCUUACCAAAACUCCUUUCUGCAAGAUUCAAGUUUUUCCCAGCUUCAGUCAUGGCCUUUCUACCUGCUUUUUUUCUUUCUGCAUCCAUCCAUCCUCACUGUUACGAAGCUCAGCAAAGCCCUGAGGUUGAAGCACGUUGACAUCCUCCCACCCUUACAGAACACGUUGACGUUGCCAGACCUGCACACCUAAAUGUGUAAUAGUUGUCAUGGUUGUUCAGAGCAAAUCAUUCAAGGGACCUGCAAGCCGUUUCAAUUCCUGUUUGUAACCACAGAUCAUGUCUUGGGUGGAGACUGGUACUGGUGUAAAAGAGCAGAUGCUGAGCAGCAUACAUUUUGUCCUAUAUUUGCUGUUUUUAAUGUAUGACAAUGAAGCUUAACAUGUAUAAAUGAACUAUGUACUUUUACUACAAGGCCAGUUUCUCUUGAAUUGGCUGCUUUGAGGCUUCAAGUGGGCUGCAUUUCUGUUUAACUUUUUGUGCCUUAAGGUGGUUUUGUACAGUGUUUUUUAACAUCAUUAAGAGUUUGUAUAAAGUUGUGAAAGUUUAAUAGUGUAAGUUAUAAACAAGGCAUUUUAGAUUGGGCCUAUAAUAGGAAGAACUUUCUCUCAUGCUGAACUGCAGGACUAUCAGCCAGUCCCACACAUGCCUGAAGCUGUAUUUGUUCCACUGUAAGCGUGGGUAAAGCUGUAAAUGAGAUAUUCUUUCCCUGUGCUGUAGGGAGAGGCUAUUGAGGUUACUGGUUUGGGGAGGCUUAGUUACUAGUGAAGUAACAGGUUCAAAACUGGAAACGAGUCACCAGCUUGUGAAGAGCUGGUUUUCUGCAGCUCCGUGAAUACGGAGGACUGUGCGUACACGUGCAGUUCCUCUGGAAAAAAGCUGCUUAUGCCUUAAAGCCUUUGUGAAGAAGGAAGCAACUCCUUGUCCCCUGUGGGCAACGUGCUCUCAGUCCCCGCUCUCCAGACUGGGCACCUGCUGUUUGCUUGAAUGCAGGAAGUUGGAGGGAGUGGAAGUGCAGAUGUUCUUAGGCAUUGCCAGAGAAUUGUUAUUUCUAGGGCUCUGAGGUAAAAGACAUGAUCUAUAGGCAGGGGGAGGUCCAGGCCUAUGCCCCUCUUGCAGCUGUUGGAAUAAACAGCAAACAUCUAAUUGAAAGCAAAGCCUUCUCUGGUUUCAUUGCUACAUUAUUUUAUAGUCAUAAAUCUGGAAGUUCUAUGAAAUACCCUUUUUUUUUUUCUUUUUUUUUCUGGUUGAAAGCUGAAUUUGCCUUGUCUCAUUUCUUCCACCUUUCAUUUGGGGGUCCUUAAAUACAAGUUGGGUGAAUUCCAGCUUGUCAUCUACCAGGUGAGUACUGAGAGCUGUUAGGUAGGUAAUGCAAACACAAAUUAACUGCUCAUUUUCCACUGGUGGGACUGGCAGGGGACAGGGAGGAAGGUGGGCCUUGCACCUCAUUAUUCCGUGGCUUAAGGUCUCCUGAAUAUUCCAGAUGCUGUUCCUGGAAGACAGUUCAACAUCUUAAAGAAAUAGUGCCAGUUUGUUGUAUUUCUGAUAAGGUGUUUACUGUUUCAGGAACUUUACAAUAAAUGAAAUUUUGUUUUCUGAA